GCGUGGACGGAUCCGCUGGAGGAGGGGCCGAACGUGGCCGUCACGAAGUCGGAGCCCUCGCCUGCGGAGCCGUCGGAGCCCAAGCCGCAGCGCCAGCGCCCCCAGCAGCAGGGGCGCCUGAGGGCCCCAGCGGCUGCCAGCGAGCAGAGGAUAUCUUCAAAGGUUUCGAGGUCACCUUCGAAGAAUUCGAGGACAGACACGCGCAAACCGUCCAGGACAACGAACCUUCCAGACGCUGUGGAGACCAAGGCCUCCAUCAAAGCCACUGAUGAAGCGUCUUCUGGCAGGGCCGGCUUCUCCAGCGACGCAGGUGGCAGCGCCUCUUCUGCGCCGCCCGUGACGCACCUCGCGUCCCAGCCCGAGGCUGCAAGGGGCUCAUCGAAGCGGAAGCCGUCGCCGAGGAGGACAUCGGUGGCCUCUGGCCUGCCCAUGAAGGAGGACACCGAUAAGGAGCCGGACAAGUCCACUUCCGCACUGGAGGAGUUCUGCGCCCGCGUGCGGCGGGAGCUGGGGCAGCUCGGGCCCGACCAGGGCGUCGUCUACGACCGCCUCAAGCGCCCCGAGCGCGUGGCGUUGGAGGAGAUCACCAGGGAGCUCGGGCUAUGGAGCGGCGCGCAGCCCAGCGGCGGCCUCAUGGCCUUCCGCGAGGGACCAGUGGCCGCUGAUAUCCGGAAGGUGCUGCAGGAGCUGGGCCCCGGCGAGCUGCGCCGCUUCCAGGCGCUGGAGUGGGCGCCGCGCCGCUUCUGCCGAGCGGUGGCGGAGCAAGCUGGCUACUGGGCCGGCCCCCGCCGCCGCCCCGGGGUGGGACCGCCGUGGGUGCUCACAGGCUCUUUUCCUGACGUGUCAUCCCUCCUCACCGCCCUCGCCCGCCAGAUGUCGAUCGGGAGGUCCUUCCCGCUGACGCGUGCGGCCGCCAACUCGCGCGCCCUCGUGGUGGGCAACGGCAUCAUCGGCCUGACGACCGCGGCGGAGCUGCGCAGGCGGGGUGUGCAGGUGGUCGUCGUGACGGCGGCGCCCCGGCGGCAGCGGGCGCCCGGCCCAGGCGCCGGCGCUCCCGGGGGCCCCGGGGCCGCGGCGGACGUCGCCGCCCUCCGGGGCCGCACGGACGCGAGCAGCGUGGCGGGCGGCCUGUGGCUUCCCUACAGGGCCCGGCCGGAGGGGCGCGUGGACGCGUGGGCCCUGCGCACGCUGGCCCGCCUGCGCGGGCAGCUGUCCGCGGCCGAGGCCGCGCUGCGGGGCGCCCGGGGCGGGCGCGCCUGCCCGGCAGGCGGCGCCGGCGUGAGCGACGACGUGCGGCUCGGCCUCGCCGUCGAGGAGACGCCGGCGGCCCUGGCGAGCACGCGCCCGUUCGGCGAGGUCGAGCACGAGGCCCCGCCCACGUGGGCGGCCGAGGCGGAGUUCUGGCCGAUGCACCGCUACGAGCGGCUGCCCAGGGGGCAGGCGGAGGGCGCCCUGUCUCGCAUGUUCUCGCGGAGGGCUGCGAAGAUGCGGGAGCAGCUGAUUGCGGAGGAUGAGGAGGAGGCCGUUGCGGCCGGGUCCGCCACAGAGGGCCUCCGCGGGGCAAUCCAAGCGCACGCGCAGUUCGUCCCUUCGUUCCCGCCGCAGGUCCAGUCGGCCUCCGUAUUCCUGAGCGUGACCGCUGAUUCCCCUACGUACAUGGACUUGCUGGAAGCGCAGCUGCAGAUGGGUGAGAACUGCGUGGAGUUCGUAUACGACGGCGGCGGCGAUGUUUUUGCGAGCGCAGCCGACGUAGCGGAUUUCGCGAAGAGGGCGAGGUGCCCCAUUGUGGUCAAUUGCGCGGGGCUGGCGGGAGCGCGGCUUCGCGCGGAAGCGAGCGGCGCAGAGGGAGAGGACGGAACCACCGCCAGGGAGGAGGACGUGAUGGUCGGCGGCCGCGGCGUGCUGAGCAUAUUCCAGCGGCCGGUGACCCACGAGGUCGGGGUCGAGGUUGCGCCAGGGACGAGCGCGCGGCGCCGCAUCUUCCUGCCCGCCUCCUCGUGGAUGAGCAUCCUCGAGGAUGGCGAGGGCGUUCUCGAAGGCGGGAUGCACGUGAUCGACGGAGCUCGGCCCGCCUACAUGAUCCCGCGCGGAGGCGUCGUGGUCUUCGGCGGCGCCUACGACGAGCACGGGGUCAGCAGCAGCUCGGCGCGCGAGCGGAAUCCGCCCGGGCCGUCAUAUCUGCAGGCGGCGGCGGUGACAGACGACGAGCGUGCGCGCCUGGCCGCUGUGGCGAGGACACUGAUGCCGCAGAUCGCGAGCAGGGCGAGCGGGGUGGUGGAGCCCGCACUCUGCGUGGCGGCGUUCCGCCCCGUUCGGCGGGGCGGCGUGAAGGCGGGGGUCGACGCGGAGUUGUCGGAGAGGCACGGGGUGGUGUGGGCCGACAACUACGGGCACGGCGGCGCAGGUUGGACGACCUGCUGGGGGUGCGCGGAGGACGUGGCGGAGCAGAGCGCCGUGUCGAGCGCGGCCGCCGCGCUCAUGUCGGGCGAGCCCGAGGAGGCGCCCCCGCUCGACGCGGACGAGGAGCUCCUGGUCCCGCGGGCACCCGCGGGGCCUGCCGCCUCUUCGCCCUGGCGGCGGGCGCUCCCGGUGACCCUCGGCGCGUCUGCCAGGGGCGCGCUGCGGACGCAGCCGUCCCAGGGCCUGCGGCUGAACUCCGAGGCCGAGACGAAGGUGAAGGAGGACGAGGGCCAGGGCGGAAACUUUGUCGUACACGAGGGCCUCAACUGUGUCAACGGGUUCGGGGCGGAGUCGUUCGGCGACGGCGCGGAGGGCGAGAUCGACGGGAAGACGGAGUUCAGCCUCGACGAGUGCAAGCAGGAGUGCCGGAAACGCAUGCCGACCUGCGAGGCCCUUAUAGUCGUCACCGACGGGUCGAAUUCCAGGUGCUACCUUCGCACCAGCGUUGACGUGGAGAAUUGCUACGACGGCACCCCGUACAACCUGUGGGUGUGGGACCCCCAAGCACCCCCCGACAGCACGGAUCCCCCCAGCGCGGCCCCGACCACGGCCCCCACGCCAGCCCCCGCCUCGACGGAGGCCCCGACGGAGGCCCCGGCCCCGACGGAGGCCCAGGCUCCUGAGUCCACGACUGCGACCGCUGCCGCUCCAGCGCCUGCGGCGACCACGACGCCGGGGGAGUCGGUCUUCGACGUGGACGUGGCGGACGGCGCCCCGCAGCAGGCGGGCAAGGAGAGCUCCGACGAGAAGGACAGGGCCGGCCUGUGGAAGGUCGACCAGCUGAACCACUUCUGCAAGAACCGGGACAUGGACGACACCGUGACCGACCAGGCGGAGUGCCAGGCCAAGUGCGGGGAAGGCUGCGCGGGCAUCGCGUACUCGGACAAGGUGGACCUCUCCCAGUACUGCUACCUCUGCCGCGACGACAACCUGAUCCCGUCCGCCAACGACUUCCACUUCUACCGCGCCGAACCCAGGCCACCGGCCGAGGAGCCCACUGCGCAGAUCGCCGCUGCGCAGAUCGCCGCGGAGGAUCCCACGGCGCCAAAGGACCAGCCCAUCUGGAAAAAGACGGAGGGCGACAGCGCCAAGGUUGAGAAGAAGGAUGAGAAGAAGGAAGAGAAGAAGGAAGAUAAGAAGGAGAAGAAGGAUAAUAAGGAGGAUAAGGAGGAUAAGAAGGAGGAGAAGGACAAGAAGGAGUCCGCCAAGGAGAAGAAGCACGACGAGCCCGAGGAGGGGAACAGCGAGUCCAAGGCGAAGCCGGCCGGGGGAAGGCCGAUGGGGAAUACCACGGACACGAAGGAAUCGAAGAAGCAGAAGGCCAAGGACAUUGAAGCGAAGGCCGUGGAACAGGAUGACAAGAAGGGGAAGGAGGAGGAGAAGGGCGCGAACGCCUCGAAGGCCGCGAAGAAGGAGAAGGCAAACACUACCAAGUCGAAGUCCGCAGAUACAGACGAGGAUGAGCAGAAGGGCAAGGCAAAGGACUCGAAGGCCGCGGCGAAGGAGAAGGGCAACACCACCGGUGCGAAAGCCGCCCAGAAGGAGAGCAAGAAGCAGACGGGCGAGAGGGAGGGGAAGGGCGCUAAUGCCACGAAGGCCGCGGAGAAGAACGGGACCAGCACCACCAAUGCGAAGGCCGUGGUGAAGGAGGAAAAUUCGCAGAAGGGCAGGGGGAAGAGCGCGAAGAGCGUGGCGGAGGAGAAGGGUGCGAAUGCCACAGAGGACAAUACCACCGAGGCCAACACCGAGGCCAAGGCCGCGGACAAGGAUGAUGGUAAACUUGAGCAGAAGGGUGAUGCUAAGAAGCAGAAGACGGGCUCUUAUGUGUCGAAGGCUGUUGAGGAGGUGAAGGAGGACAACACCACCAAAGCGAAGCCCGCGGAGAAGGUGCAGCAGGACGAGAAGAAGGAGAAGGACGCGAAUGCCACGAAGGCCGCGGAGAAGCAGAAGGCCAACGCCACCAGAGCGAAGUCCGUGGAGAAGGAGGCGAAUGUCACGAAGGCUGCGGCGAAGGAGAAUGUCAACACAACCGACGCCAUGCCAAGUGGGACAACCGUCGAGGCAGGCGACGUCUCCAACGUCACGCGGCUCGAAGGCACGGGCUCCGCGAAGAGCUCUGGAAGCCACGCGGGCGUGCGCAAGGCUAAGAAGGCCGCGCGCUCCCCGAAGGAGGCGGGCCACUCCAACAGGACGACCGCCGUGGGCAGGGCGGCGAACGCAUCGGAGGAGAUGGCAAGAAGCAAGACGGCGGCGCGAACCAGAGCGAGGAGAGCGAGGAGUCGUAUGAGGACCGACUGCGGCUCGAGAGGGAGAUCCCGCCGGAGGAAGUGGCCGUUCGCCUGGCGCCCUCGGGCAAACGGCCGCGCCCUGCGCUCCCGGGGUGGCGCCGCGCCCCCCCGUGCCGCCCGGAUUGGCGGCUGCUCGGCAGCCACACGCGCGGCCACCUGGCGUGGCGCCAGGGCGCCCGCCUUGCAAUAA